UUAACAUCGAAUUGUACGUGUGAUUACAUCCGGCGCUGGUAUCAGCGGAACUACCGUUAUCGCAACUACUUUCGGUCGCUUGCCCAGCGAGUGCUCGAGUUUCGAGCAGGUGAGGGCGUUCCGUUCAUGCGGCGGCUAGGCGGCUACUCGACGGCGGUUGCGCGCACACGUGAAGACAGCCGUCCGUCCGUUCACAGCGGCAAGGCUCGAAUGCGGUGUGCGAGCAGGCGCUCGGUUUCUACGUGCAGCGUGGCACUGGCACUGUCGAAUUCUGCAUUUCUCGGUGCUCGCCAUGAAUGGGCAGCGAACGAAUGACUCCAGGAGUCGGCAUUUCUGGACUCGUCUGCACUGAUUCGCUCCGCCAGCCUCUGUCGCAGCGGACUGAGAACGCCUGUACCUUGGCCCGGCGACACUGCCAGGAAGAAUCACCCGUAAUUAAGCGACCUGAAUCAGGUGAAGAGGGGCCAAAUGACGGCUACAGAUGCGGACUCGCAUGCCGUGUGCUACAGGAUGCUCGAAGAAUUGAUGCAGGACACGGAGGUCGUCGUCACGGACCUCAAAAGGCACGGCAUCAAGCAGAGCUGCGGUGGCGGCAGCGUCUUGAGUGUUGUCCCUUCAGCUGCGCCGCUGGACGGAUGUCUCAGUCCGCAGGAAGACGAGCAGGUGGUCACCAACGGCGGCAAAUGUGGGAGCAGCGGGAGCGUCGAUGACGGAGGCAGCAGCUCGACGGACGAAGCCUCGGAUGUCAUCGCGGUAGCGCGUCGCGGGUCGCCGGUCAGCUGCUGUUGCGGUGACAACCGCGGUUUCAACGUGCGGGACAACCAGAGAGACGACAUGACUGGAAUCAUGGUGGCCAAUGGCGGCAGGUUCCCCUGCCUGCACAUCGGCUUGACUGGGCUCCGCCACAACCGGCGUUACUUCCUGGCCCUGGAUUUCGUCGAAGUGGGCGGCGGGGGCGGCGACGGUGUCCCUCUCUACUGCUACACCGAGCCCUACUUCACGCCGAGGCCCAACAACCUGUCUGGCAUGCAGUGGAUGGGCAGCGUGCUCUACUUCAAUCUGAAUUCCAUCGCUAAUGGCGGACUGCAAGAGAGCGGCACGACGCUGAAGGUAGGCGGCGAGUACGAGCCCACGCUGCGGCUGCUGGAGCUCCGCGACGACCAGUGGCCGUCGGGCAACUCGGCGGUGAGGUUCCCGCUGCGGGGCACCGCCUUCCUCGUCGUGUCGCUCAGCAGCGAGGUCCGCAUGAACAGAACGGCACUGGCCAGCGAGUUCUUGCUCGUCCGCAAAUCUGAAAUGUCCAGGGGCCGCUUCCCCGCUCAACAGCAGCCGCAACCUCCGCAACCGCAGCAGCAGGAGUGCUGUCGCACCAGCCCCCCCACGCGCAGCUACCUCGAGCCGACCCCCAUGACCCCCACGACGCCGCAGUCCGACUGGCGCCGGCUCCUCGAGCUCCGUGUGGGCAGUCACCAGGCCGCAGCUGCAGCAGCCGCGGCGAGCAGACUGAUGCGCACGGGACCUGCGCACCACGGCCUGCAGGCACUGCCCGCUGCCUCGGACCCCCUGUCGGUGGCCGGAGGCAACGCGCCCUCCUCGCUGCGGCCCGUCUACGCGUCGGCCAAGACCGUGGUGCACGACCACUUCUCCGGCGGCGUGUGGAAGUCGCUGCCCCCUCAGCCGCAGCCCAGCCACCAGCCGGCACAGCCGCCGCCGCAGCAGCAGCCGGUCGGCUCCUGGCACUCGUCGGCCCGGCAGCCGCACAGCUGCCUGGCGCCGGGCGCGCACCUCGAGCUGGGGGCCCUGCUGCACCAGAACAGGGAGGUGCGUGACCUUAUCAUCGCUGGUGCAUCACAGCGGCGGCGGCGUCAUCUCCCAGCCCAGGCCCCCGCUGUCCGACUUUGCCGGCGGCCGGGCCAACGGCGGGCUUCUCGCCGCGGAGCCCCGGCCUUCGCUGCCGCCGUUCGGGGGCGCCUCGUCGGCAGCCGCGGUCGCCGUGGCCGCGCACGCCCUCCAGGAGUGCUGGACGCGCGGCAGCGCGCCGAGCGCGGCGACCCCGCAGCAGCUGUUUCGCCUCAACUACGACCUGCUGCCCUCCAACUGCCUCCAUUGGCUCGCGCUCGCCAGGAACAGCGUGGUCAGGCCGCAGGCCGUCGCCUCGUCCGCCCUCGACCACGUCCAGCAGUUGCAGCAGCAGCAUCACCAACAGCAGCAGGCCAAGCAAGACAUGGGCGUGCAGACCGCGACGACGACGACCACUACCACCACCGCCAGCAGCAACUUCCCCAAUGUGGCGGCGCCGUGUCAGGACGAGGCCGAGCUCGACGUCGCGGACCCGAGCGCGGCGCCCUCUGCGGCGCCGCCUGCAGCCGUCACUGCGUCGUUCUCCAACACGCCGCAUGGCGGAGCCUUCUACGCGUCUGCCGCCGCAGUGUCGACGCCGUGAAGCACGUGUCCCCGCUAGUUCUGCGAACUUAUCUUCGGGAGAGCAUUUAUAUAUACCUGUAUAACUACACUGUUCGCGUCCAACAAUCGCGCGUGUACGUUCGUUCAAGCGACUAAUCCCAAAAAUAACUGUUGAAAGGUCUAUGUGUAUAGAGAACGGCUGUUCGCUUACGCACCGAUCGACGAACGUUUUAUUUAUUUUGUUGAUACUGAAAGCACAUGUACAUAGUAUUUAUCUAAAAAAAAAACACUCGUUUACACCAAUAACCGGCGAACUAUUUCUUUGUUACUUAAAAGAUGCAUUUUCUGUCUA